AGGCUGACGCAGUCCCACUGUCUCUUGGGCAGGUCGCGAAUGACCCACGGAGCUAUGAGCUGGGCCCAGGCCGUGCUGCUGGCCCGUGGCCUCGCCAGGGGCUGGGCCGGCCUCGGCGGGGUCCCCCUCUCCCAGCUCCACUGCAGCGCAGCCGCCCGCAGCGCGGAGCUGUCGAUGGUCCCCGGCCCUCCGGAGGAGGAGCACUCGGAGCGCAGGCCCCUCCGGGUCGUGGCACCCCACGAGGAGCUCUUCCAGCAGCAGGGGCCCGGGGGAGGCGAGCGGGACAAAGCCAGCUUCGUGCGCGCCGUGCAGAGCUUCGGGCGCCACAACGUGCGCAAGCGCGGCCACGUGGACUUCAUCUACCUGGCCCUGCGCAAGAUGCGCGAGUACGGCGUGCAGCGCGACCUGGCCGCCUACAACCUACUGCUCGACGUCUUCCCCAAGGAGGUCUUCCGGCCGCGCAACAUCUUCCAGCGGCUCUUCGUGCACUACCCGAGGCAGCAGGAGUGCGGCCUGGCGCUCCUGGAGCAGAUGGAGUUCCACGGGGUGAUGCCCGACAGACAGACGGAGUUCCUGCUCAUGCAGAUUUUCGGGCGGGGAAGCUACCCCAUGCAGAAGCUGCUGCGGAUGAGGCUGUGGCUCACCCGCUUCAAACACAUCAACCCCUUCCCCGUGCCGGCCGAGCUGCCCGCCGCGCCCGUGGACCUGGCCAGGCUGGCCCUGCGGCACAUGGAGCCGGACCUGAGUGCCCAGGUCACUGUCUACCAGACACCCUCUUCCACGGACGACUCGGCAAGUGAGACCCAUCCCGCCCAGCCCCACAUCCUGGGAAUACAGAGCCCUGAGCAGCAGGCCGCCCUGGCCCGCCAUAACCCAGCCCGGCCCGUCUUUGUCGAGGGCCCCUUCUCACUGUGGCUGCGGGACAAGUGUGUCUAUUACCACAUCCUCAGAGCUGACCCGCUGCCCCCCGAGGAGAGGGAAGUGGAGGAGCCGCGGGAGGAGUGGAACCUGUAUUACCCGAUGCAGCUGGACCUGGAGUACUCGAGGAGCGGCUGGGACGAUAACAAGUUCGACAUCAGUGAAGUGGAGGAGGGCCCCGUCUUCGCUAUGUGCAUGGCGGGCGCCCACGACCAGGCCACCCUGGCCAAGUGGAUCCAGGCUCUGCAGGAGACCAACCCUGCCCUGGCCCGGAUCCCCGUGCUGUUCCGCCUGGCGGGGUCCAGCGGGGAGCUGCAGCCGGACUCCACGUCGUCCACGUCGGGCCUGGAGGAGCGCUCGCCCCCGGAGGCCCAAGAGGAGGUCCUGCAGCGGCAGGGCCAGCGCUGA